UGAGCAGGGCUUCUCGGGAGCUUCAUCACGCAUGUGCCUGUACGGCGUAGGUGAAGUAGCCGAGAGGUAAUAAUUAGCUCUACUCUCAACCACGUUGGUCUCGUCUUGCCGUCGUGCCUGGAACCAUCCCGUGGAUUGGGGGUGUCUGGAAUUCUGGAUACAAUUAUAUAUAAACUACAUUAAUGGAUUGAAGUUUCCCCAUCGAACGAAAUCGCCCUCUCUUUCGAUACAUCCAACAUGUACUUCUCUCUCGCUUUUAUCAUUUUUGGCUUCGCGCUUGUCAGCCCUGUCUUGUCCCAAGAAGUUUGCCCUGGGCAGGUCACCCUCAGCGAGUCUUAUAUUGGCGUGGACAAGAACGUCAAGGUCGAGACUGUGUCAUGCCCUGAGGGGUCUCUCACUAGGCGUGGCGACGUGGUUUCCCGCCAAGCUCCUGUCACGAAUGUUUGUGGAGCGCAGUGCAACACAUUCUGUUUCACUCCCAGUGGUGGUGGACCGGAUCCUAACGAUUGUCACGUAAUUGCUGAUGCACUUCGCUUUGACGGUGUUAACAUUGGGAACCUCUUCGAUAUAAACAACGGUACUACUGGCAACGUCGUCGUCAUGAGCUAUAUUAGUUGCCUGUCCUUCUUUGCCAAUCAAAUCAACGGAGUUAUGCAGUACUGUCGUGAUGAUUGGGCAUCUGUCAUUGAUUUCGUUGCUCCUAAUUGCCAAUCUACCCAGAAUGCGCAUGGUGGAGACUGCCUCGCCGCCGAUGGAACGUGGUUUAUCCAGGUCCAGCAUUCUUAAAACAGUCGGCCGUCUGAGCGUUUGGGAUGAAGUAACAAUACAAGGACAGCCACAAGCGAAAGAAUUUCAGAUACUUG